UUUCUCGCCGAAGGAGCAAUAUUUAAAAAAAAAAUAAUAAUUCUAAAAAUGCCUAAAAAACGUCAAGUUCGAAUGCUACAAGAUUUAGCAUUACAUUCAAUUGGCGAAUAUGUAACUGAUUUUGGUAAAAAUAUUAUUCGACCAUCAUUAUGUUGGAAUAUUGAAAAAAAUAAAUCAAAAAUGAAUUUUGUCACACAUUUAAUUCAAGGAAUGAAAUAUCAUUUGAGUUCAAGUAUACCAUGGCAUCUUUAUGAUAAACUUUCAAUUUAUGUUCUACGUGCAAUUUCAAAUCUCGUUAAUGAAAUGAAUAAUAAUAAUAUUAAUAAUAAUUAUUCAACAAAAGUGAAAAUUCACACUGAAAUACAAUUAAUUAUUGUAACACGACUAACGGAAAUUGUUAUACAUGAAAAUUUACGUACAAUUGAAUUUACAGCAUGGCCAAAAAUAAUGCGUCAUGUUUUAUAUAAUAAAUUACAUUUAAUGAGUGGUUUGGAAAUAUUGGAUCUUGGUGCAGGUUCAACUGGAUGGCGUACAUCGGAUUAUGAAAAAAUUAUUAUUGCCGCUGUUAAUGGAAUGAAAAAUUUAAUUUCAUUUACACUUUGUUUCGAUUGUACGGAUAAUAUUAUUUAUGAAUUAAGUGAAAAUUGUCAGAAAUUACAAAAAAUUGAUGUCACAGCAUCGGGAUGUGUGACUGAUCGUAGUAUACCAUUUUUAAUAAAAUUUCAUCGUUUAAAAGAAAUUAAAUUAUUUCGCACAUCAGUGAGUAUUGGUGGUUAUGCAAAUUUAUUAUUGUGCCAUCGUCAAUUGGAAAAUAUUGGACGUUAUGAUAAAUUUGGUCAUGUAUUGGAAUAUAUACGUGAAAAUAUUGAUAAUUUUCAUGAAUCAUUUUCAUUACGUGUAUUUGAAUCACGAAAUUUAAGGAUCAAACAUCUUUAUUUAUUAUGUGAAAUGUGUCCAUUUAUUACAAAUUUUUCAAUUUUACGCGAUGAAAAAAUUGAAGAUUUAAGUUUUAUUUUAAAACCAUUAAAUCAAUUACGUGAAUUAAAAAUACUUUCAUGUAGUUUCUAUCGUAAUGGAUUAAAUAAUUUAUUUUGUCAUAAAGGAAAUAAUAUUGUUAAUUUACAUUUGGAACAUGUUGAUGAAAUUGAUAUGAAUGCACUUGUUUGUUUAAGUCAAUCAUGUCCAAUGAUUAAAACACUUGUGUUUUAUAAUUGUGAAUUUUUGGAAUUGAUGAAUCUUAAUGUUGAAAAAUUAACAGUGACACCAUUUCAAUAUUUGGAGAGAAUUAAAUGUGCCUCUGAAUGUUCAAAUAUGCAUUUGGAAUAUUUAUUGUCAUAUUGUGUUAAUGUGAAAUUUAUUCAAUUGGGCUCAUCAACUGGAAUUGAUGAUACAACAAUGAGACGAAUUUUAUUGAGAAAUCCAAUGUUCCAAUUGGAGGAAUUAAAAAUACUUUAUAGCGCUGAUUUAUCAAUGAGUACAGUGAAAUUACUUAUGGAAAAUUGUCAUAAUUUACGACGUAUCUCAGAAUUAGAAAGUUGGCAAGGAAUCACAUCGAAUGAAUUAGACAAUUUUCGUCGUGAUAUCAAAUUUAAUAAUAUUAAUUUGGACACAAGUCCCACAUUAUCAUUGGCGUGAUCAUAUUUUUAUUUUUUUUUUUUUCCUAAAAAAAAAUAA